GUGAGCAGCAAUGAUGGGGAUCAGGUGUGGAGCUGGAGCGGGUGGCUUUGCCCCCCGCAGUACAAGGAUCAAUCAGCGCCGCCUGCUCCCCGCGGUAAUGCCAUAAAGCCGCGAGGGCGAAGCCGCUGCUGCUGAGCUGCACUAAAGGGACAGAGCUGGAGCGACAGUCGGGAGGAACUUUUUUUUUUUUUUUUUAAAGCGUAGGAAGUUUAAACACAAACCCGCCCUGCUGAGUCUGCAAAGCGCGGAGAGGGCCAGGGAGGGGAGCCUGUGCCUGAGCUAAACUUUGAGCCAGUCACAAGACUUCCCAGCUCUCUGGCCGCGGGGUAGGGGGAGUCGGGUUCCUCGCCUGAGUCGCCCCGGGAGCCAGCUGCACAGAGCCCCGCCUGCAGAGGACCGGUAAGGGGGACACGUGCGGGAGAGGGGCUUCCCCAGAGCCAGCAGGCGCAAGAGGCUUUGAGCCCCUGGCCCCCAGCGGCCUUGGGGGGAGAUGCAUUCUCUUUAAGAGCAACAGAACUAGAAAGAGCAAAAAUGACAACUGUGAGAUAUGAACAGGGGUCGGAACUGCCAGAAGCUGAUGGCUUUCAAAAGACAGGGGAGCCAAGCAUAAAGAUUGAUGAUGGCUGCAUUGAGGAUAAUGAACCAGACACUUGCUCCCGUACUAUUAAGAAAAAGAUUUCUCCAUUUGUGAUGUCAUUUGGAUUCAGAGUAUUUGGUGUUGUACUCAUCUUUGUGGACAUUGCUCUUGUGAUUGUGGACCUAGCUAUUAGUGACAAGGAAAAGAGCAUAAGAGAGACCCUGGAAGGCGUUUCCUUGGCAAUAGCGCUCUUCUUUCUCGUGGAUGUUCUCCUGCGAGUGUUUGUUGAGGGCUUCAACAAUUAUUUCAAGUCCAAACUGAAUGUUUUAGAUGCGGUGAUUGUCGUGGGCACCCUGUUGAUUAAUAUGGUGUAUUCUUUCUCCGACUUCAGUGGUGCAGACAAGAUCCCAAGAAUGGUUAUCAUCCUUCGAGCUUUGAGAAUUAUCAUUCUGAUAAGAAUAUUUCGCCUGGCCUCGCAAAAGAAACAACUAGAAAAGGUGACCAGGAGGAUGGUCUCGGAAAACAAAAGGCGCUAUACAAAAGAUGGCUUUGACCUGGACCUUACUUAUGUUACUGAUCGUAUUAUUGCAAUGUCAUUUCCAUCAUCUGGGAAGCAGUCUUUCUAUAGGAAUCCUAUAAAGGAAGUUGCAAGAUUCUUGGAUACAAAACAUAAAGACCACUAUACAAUCUAUAACCUUUGCAGUGAAAAAGGUUAUGACCCUGUGUACUUCCAUUACAGGGUGGAGAGAGUCUUUAUUGAUGACCACAAUGUCCCCAGCCUAGAGGACAUGCUGAAAUUUACUGCCAAUGUGCGUGCGUGGAUGAAACAGGAUGAAAAGAACAUCAUAGCAAUUCACUGUAAAGGAGGCAAGGGCAGGACUGGAACAAUGGUUUGCACUUGGCUCAUUGACAGUGACCAGUUUGAGAGUGCAAAGGAGAGCUUGGACUAUUUUGGGGAGAGGCGAACUGAUAAAAGUACAAGUUCCAAAUUUCAAGGAGUUGAAACACCAUCCCAGAGUAGGUAUGUUGGGUAUUAUGAGAUCCUGAAGAACAAGUAUAACUUGAAACUCCCACCGGAGAGACGCCUCAAAAUAAAGAACAUCAAAAUCUACUCUAUUAAUGGAGUUGGAAAAGGCAAUGGAAGUGAUCUUAAAAUACAGAUAAUUAUGAAAAGGAAAGUUGUAUUCCAUUGUGUUUGUGCCACUCAAGAAAACUGUAGGUUAUUUUUUGAUGCUGAAAAUGACUUUGCAGUAAUUGGCUUGGAAGACUGUCCUGUAAUAAGCGGUGAUGUGAAAGUCAGAUUUGAAUCUCAAACUGAUCUUCCAAAAGGCUAUGACAACUGCCCAUUCUUCUUCUGGUUCAACACCUCUUUUAUAGAAAAUAACAGGCUUUACCUUCCUAGAAAUGAGUUGGAUAAUCCUCAUAAAUCAAAAAUGUGGAAAAUCUACAGGGAGAAGUUUGCUGUGGAGUUGAACUUUGUAGAACCAUAAUGAGAAGUUGUCAGCAUUUGUUUAAAAAGAAUUGAUGUUCUUUCCCUCAAAGAAUCAUGGUUGGUCUUCACCAAUAUAGUGGCAUUUUCUGAGUCUCCUUCAUGUAAUUCUUGGUGUGUUUGUAUGGAGAUACGGUAUCUCAAAAUUAAAUGUUGAAACAAGGAAAAAUA